AUGGAGCCCAGGCUAGUCGUGUUCUUGCCUGGUAUUGCCGACAUCACGGCCUUCUUUGAAACGCUCUCUCCGCUGGAGUCUCGAGAGCAAGGCUGUGGAGGUCUCGGCUUGAGGAUCUUCGCAAUGCACUCGAUGAUUCCCCGUGAGGAGCAAGAAGAAGUCUUCAGGCCUCCUCCGGCUGGCAUGUGUCACAUCGUCCUUGCCUCCAAUGUGGCAGAGAGCUCCCUGACGCUGCCUUCGGUAUCAGGAGUCAUUGACAUGUCCCUGCGACGAUCGCUCGAGUAUGAUCCCCGGAGGCUUAUCUCUUGUUUGGUCACCACCUGGUGCUCCCAGUCGAGCUGCAAGCAGCGCUCCGGAAGAGCCGGGCGUACCAUGCCCGGCCGCGCUGUGCGCAUGGUGACACGAGCCUUCUUCGAGGAUGAGAUGAUCGAGUUCGAUCCUCCAGACAUGCUCAGUGCUCCACUCACAAAACUGUUCUUGCAAGCGAAGCAGCUUUGCAUAAAGCUCGGCCAUAUCCAACAAAAGGGCAUCAUUCCCCAAGGGAUUGAUGUUCAAAUCACAUCUCCAUCGAUUCUGCUAAAGCAGCUGGUUUCACCUCCAGCGACGGAGCUGGUCGAAGCCGCAAUCAAUGAGCUCUCGGACGUGGGCGCUGUAGACAGCAAUCACGAGGAGGCGCUGAUCACCCCUUUGGGGCACAUAUGCAUGGUCCUGCCGUGUGAGCUCCGCCUCUGCAGACUGAUUUACUUCGGCCUGAGUCUUGGUUCAGGCUGA